AGCAAAUUGAGUAAUUGAGCCUCAAAUUGAAAUUGGACACUAGUUCACUUUCCCUCGCUUACCUGGUCUCAGAAGUUAGUCUUUUUCACAGGUCGAGCAAUUGCGCGAUUUACUCCGUCAUCUUGCGACGGAUAACAAAAAGCUGCGCGAGGAAUGCGCAAGAUUGCUCAAGGAACAGUGCAAUAUAAGCUCGGACUCUACCGAUCGUUCUGCUGGAAAUGAAUCUGGGGUGAAAAAUGCUCUCGCUCAAGUCUGCGGAGCUGAGGGAGACUAUGAGGAGAAGAGGCAGCUACUGCGCGAUCUGCAAUCGUUCGCCGCAAUGAAGAAUGGAAAUGCGAGCUUGCUGAAUAUGUUAGAAGAUGCGUGUCGAGAGGGGGAAAUUCACAUUACCGAUGCUGACUUCGGCUCAUCUACGACGGACAGUCCAUCUCAGCUCCAAGCUCCCCAAGGCGACUCUGCUGCUAUGGACAAUUUACCGCUGUUGAAUGCCUCCAUCAACGAAUUGAUGAAUUUGUCGCUCAACACAUCGAAGGAUAUUGCUAACUUCAAAGAGCGUCUUAGCUUGUUCCGCGGUGUGAUGGAAAGAAUUUUUGAAACGCUAAGAACUUCUGGUGUGCUUCUGGAAGAAGUGUUGGAAAAGUUUGGCUCCGAAUCAGACGAACAUAGAGCACUCGCCGAAAAGAUUCGAGAAAUGAAGUUCGUGUGGAAUACCUAUCUGAAUGAGACAAAUGAGAUUAUGGAAGCAAUCAAUGGUAUGCAGUAA